AUGAUUUGGAAGCAGGUUCUUGGUCAAGUUCAAGAAAUAUCCGCAUCAAUUUCAAUAAUUCUCAAUUUAUUGCUGAUCCUUUUAAUUGUCACAAAAUCACCAAAACAACUCGGAACAUAUAAAUAUUUGAUGAUUUACAUCUCAAUUUUCGAAAUAUUAUUCUCAUUAAUUGAUGCGAUUGUUCGACCGCUCAUAUUUUCACACGGCUCAAUUUUCAUCUGUAUUUCAACAAAUUUCUCGAUUCCCAAACAGUUUUGUGUUUAUUUGAUCUCGGUUUGGGGUGGAUUUUUUGGAAGUUUUAUGGGAUUAUUUGCCCUCCAAUUUAUUUAUCGUUAUCUUGUUGUUCGCCGAUCAAAAACACUCGAAACUUUUAAAGAUUCAAGAAUUGUUCUUUGGAUGAUGAUUCCACCAAGUUUUGGACUUCUUUGGGGUUCAGCCGCCCAUUUUCUUCUUGCCCCAAAUCCAACAAUUGAUCGUGAUAUUAAAUCAAUAGUUCUAGAGGAAUUCAACUGGGAAAUUCAAAAUGUGGCAUACGUUGGACCAUACGUAUAUCCAUUAGCCGAAAAUGGUGAAAUUGUUAUUAAUGAGAAAAGUUUGAUUGCAAUUAUAAUUGUCUGGACACUUGUCAACACUUCUAUUUUUACUGUCGCAUUUUUUGCGAUCAAAUGUUAUUUGGAAUUGAAUUCUGAUAUAAAUGCAAGUAAAUCUGGAAGACUGAAUCAUCUUCAACAUCAAUUAUUCUACGCAUUAGUCACACAGACUUUAAUCCCUUUGAUUCUUAUGCAUCUUCCUGUCAGUGUUUUAUUUCUUUUCACAAUGUUCAAUCUCGAUCUUGGACAUGCUAGUGCACUCGUAGCUAUGUCUGUUGCAGUUUUUCCGGCAUUGGAUCCAAUUCCAGUUAUAUUAAUCAUUAAAAAUUAUCGGAAUGCUAUUGCGAAUGUUGUUACAAUUCGAGUGAGCAUGUUUUCUAGAAGAGAGCACACUCCAGUGAUUAGAAAUACGUGUGAAACCAGAAUUUGA